AUGCUGGUGCUGUAUUUGCAGAUGAUGAAUGUUGGAUUUGUGACAGCAUCCGGCAAGGAUAUAAAGGUGAGCGAAGAGGCGCUGCAGAAAGCCCGAGAUCUGUUCGAAGAGCUCGAGAACAGCGACGAUUUACCGGUGCAACGAGCUAGCACGCCGAACACAUUUGCAUUGGGUCAUUUCCCGGAUACAAACAAAAUUUGCUAUGUACUCACCAUUUAUUUUAGUGAUUCCACGCCUGUUACCCCGGUGGCCUUCAGUACAGCAGGAGCAACAAUGCGCCAAUGCUAUAAGCGUAUAUCGCCGGCAUUCAGAUCGCCCGUAGUCAAGAAUCCGCGCCUCGAAAAUGGUUUGAUUUUGAAGCAUUUCUAA